GAUCUUAUCUCCAUUUGCUUGCAUCCUCUCUCUCCAGCAACCUCCCAUUCCCAUACCAAAGCAGCCUGGACGUGUGAGAGAUCUGCACAGGGCUGGCGACGAACGAGCAGUAGAAUCGUUGCUCUUUCACGGAAGAUCAAAUUUGGGCGUUGUUGAGUUUCCAAUUCCUCCGAUCUGCAAGAUCAUGGCAGAGUCACUGCUUCUCCCUCUAGUCCGCGACGUGGCUGGCAAGGCCGCAGACGCACUCGUCGAGACAGUGACCCGCAUGUAUGGCCUUGACGACGACCGCCAAACGCUCGAGCGGCAUCUACUAGCAGUCGAGUGCAAGCUGGCCAACGCUGAGGAGAUGAGCGAGAAAAAUCCCUAUGUCAAGAGCUGGAUGAAGGAGCUCAAGUCCGUCGCCUACCAGGCCGACGACGUGCUCGACGACUUCCAGUACGAGGCGCUGCGCCGCCAAUCUAGGAUUGGCAAGUCCACUACUCGAAAGGCACUCAGCUACAUCACGCGCCACAGCCCGCUGCUCUUCCGUUUUGAAAUGAGCAGGGAACUCAAGAACGUCCUCAAGAAGAUCAAUAAGUUGGUUGAGGAGAUGAACAAAUUUGGCCUGGAGAAUUCUGUCCAUAGGGAGAAGCGGCAACAUCCUUGCCGGCAGACGCACUCAAAACUGGAUGACUGUACCAAAAUCUUUGGAAGAGAUGAUGAUAAGACGGUGGUGGUCAAGCAACUGCUGGACCAACAAGAUCAGCAGAAGGUGAAGGUAUUGCCCAUCUUUGGGAUGGGUGGUCUUGGCAAGACGACUCUUGCUAAGAUGGUGUAUAAUGACCAAGAGGUCCAGAAAAAUUUCCAGUUGAAGAUGUGGCACUGUGUGUCAGACAACUUUGAUGCCACUGCUCUUUUGAAAUCCAUCAUUGAGUUGGCUGUAAAUAAAAGAUGUGACAUUCCUGACACCAUUGAGUUGUUGCGAAAGCAACUUGAGGAAAUCAUUGGCCAGAAGAGAUUUUUACUUGUUCUCGAUGAUGUUUGGAAUGAAGAGAAGAGAAUGUGGGAGGAUGAACUGAAGCCACUAUUGUGUUCUGUUGGUGGACCAGGAAGUGUUAUAGUGGUCACAUGUCGAAGCAAACAAGUGGCCUCUAUAAUGUGCACUGUCAAGCCCCACGAGCUAGUAUUUCUGAGUGAAGAAGACUCAUGGGAAUUGUUUUCGAACAAAGCAUUUAGCAAUGGUGUAAAUGACCAACCAGAGUUGGUCGCCAUCGGAAGGCGUAUUGUCAAUAAAUGUGGGGGGUUGCCUCUUGCUCUCAAGACAAUGGGCGGAUUGCUGAGUUCAAAGCAAAAAGUACAGGAAUGGAAGGCCAUCGAAGAAAGUAACAUUGGGGAUAAUGAUGGAGGCAAAUAUGAAGUCAUGCCCAUACUGAAAUUAAGCUACAAACACCUAUCACCUGAAAUGAAGCAAUGUUUUGCAUUCUGUGCAGUUUUUUCCAAGGAUUAUGAGAUGGAGAAGGAUAGGUUGAUCCAACUAUGGAUGGCAAAUGGCUUUAUUCAUGAAGAGGGAACAAUGGAUUUAAUUCAGAAAGGAGAAUUCAUUUUCGAUGAGUUGGUUUGGAGGUCCUUCCUCCAAGAUAAGAAAGUGAUAGUCAAAUCUGCUGUCUAUUGGGGUGGCACAAAUUAUGAGACAAUUGUAUGUAAAAUGCAUGACUUAAUGCAUGAUCUAGCAAAAGAUGUCACAGAUGAAUGUGCAAGUGUAGAAGAAUUGUCUCAGCAAAAAGCAUUGUUAAAAGGUGUUUGUCACAUGCAAAUGUCAACGGCCGAAUUGCAACAAAUCAGUGGGUUAUGCAAAGGCAGAACAUACCUCCGCACGAUGUUAGCUCCUUCGGAAUCAUGGGCGGAGCAUACUUAUAAUUUUCUGAGCAGAUCACACAAAGAUAUUAAGGAGUUGCAACAGGUAUUGGCAUCACUAAGAGCAUUGGAUUGCUCCCCUUCUCUAAUUGUCAUUUGCAAGGCCAUAAAUGCAAAACAUUUACGGUAUCUUGACCUCUCUUGGUCAGACAUCAUUAGUUUGCCAGAUUCAGUAUGUAUGUUGUAUAAUCUGCAAACACUGAGGCUCAUAGGUUGUCAAAAGUUGCAGCAGUUACCACAAAACAUGGCAAGAUUGAGAAAGCUCAUCCAUCUUUAUCUAUCUGGUUGUGAUCGUCUCAGAAGUAUGUCCCCAAAUUUUGGUGUACUGAACAACCUUCACAUAUUAACAACAUUUGUUGUGGGUACUGGAUAUGGUCUCGGGAUAGAGCAGCUCAAAGACUUGCAACACCUGAGCAAUAGGCUGGAACUGCUGAAUUUGAGCAAGAUAAGGAGUGGCAAGAAUGCAAAAGAAGCCAACCUCAAUCAGAAGCAAAAUCUAACUGAGUUGUUAUUCUCUUGGGACCAAAAAGUAGGUGAUGGGCCUAGAGAUAUGGCCUGCAAUGUGGAAGAAGUGUUGCAGUGUUUAGAACCUCACAGUAAUAUCCAAAAUUUGGAGAUACGUGGAUAUGGCGGCCUAGGAAUAUCACAAUGGAUGAGAAAGCCUCAGAUGUUUAACAGUUUGAAAGAACUCGAAAUGUCCGAUUGCCCAAGAUGCAAGAGUAUACCCGUCGUAUGGUUCUCGGUCACUCUGGAGAUUUUGUCCUUACAAAAGAUGGAUAACCUGACCACAUUAUGUAAUAACCUUGAUGUUGAAGCCAGAGGAUGCAUUACCCCUCUGCCAAUUUUCCCUGGGUUGAAGAGGAUGGAGUUGAUUGAUUUACCAAGCCUGGAGAUAUGGGCAGAAAAUAGUGUGGGAGAGGCUAGUGAUAGCUUGGUAACGUUCCCGAUGCUUGAAGAGCUAAAGAUCGAAAAGUGCCCUAAGCUUGCAAGUAUUCCAGUGAUCCCCAAUAUCAGCGAGUUGACAAUAGUUAGAGUUCACAGUACUACAGUCAGUUUAGUUUUUAUGAGCAUCCAAUUGGGCUCUUGGCCAUUUCUCGCCAAGUUAACUCUUCGGUCUCCAGGAGACAUACCCAUGUUGUCUCUAGACGCCCAGCAAAGCCAAAGUCAAAUACCUCUUGAAAAACUGAAGCAUUUGUAUCUGGGAGGCCCCAACAGCUUGGUCAGAAGCUCUCGAUUGUCCAGAUCACAACUUAUGGUUUGGAAAUGCUUUUCGUUUGUGGAAAAUCUGACGAUUAGCAGUUGCAGCAAUCUUGUCCGCUGGCCAACAGAGGAGCUUCGGUCCUUGGAUUGCCUCCGCUCUCUAUAUAUCAGGUAUUGUCACAACCUGGAGGGGAAAACUUCGUCGUCUGAGGAGGAGGCCCUUCCGUUGUCCCUAGAGGCACUGAUGAUUUUAGGCUGCCUCAGUGUGGUAGCACUGCCUUCGAACCUCGGGAAUCUGGCAAAACUGAGAAGUCUCGAAGUGAAUUUCUGCAGUGGCCUGAAAGCGCUGCCGGAUGGGAUGUGUGGCCUCACUUCUCUUAGGCGAUUGAGUAUUAUGGGUUGUCCAGCUUUGGAGGAAUUCCCGCAUGGUCUCCUGGAGCGGUUGCCCGCCCUCGAAAGCUUGAGCAUAGGAGGCUGCCCGGAGUUGAAAAGACGAUGCAGCGAAGGUGGGGAGUAUUUCCACUUGCUCUCGUGUCUCGUCUACAAAAUCCAAGCUGCGUAGUAAAUCGGCAUACGCGUGGGAAUCUCUGAAAGACUCCACGGCAUAAAGGACACAAUGGUCGAUCCGCCCCCAUCUUGCUGUUGUGCGCGUCCUGGGGGGCCAACCGCCGUCCUCGUCGGCAGGGCGCAGAGGGGGGAAGAGGAAGGUUGCCGCUGCGCGAGGCGCGGCCUGAGGCAACCGCCCCCAUCCUGGCCAGAGCGCACGCCUGGGGCUGUGCUUCGAAGGUGUAGGAGAGGGAGCGAGAUUUGCCUGCGCCUACGGAGACGGGAGGAAGGAGCAGAGAGGAUGCAGAGGCCCGACAGAUCAACCAGCAGCAGAGGGUGGGUGGGUUGGAAGCCCUCUGUCUGGGAUGGGAUUACUUCUCUCUCUUUGCGGAGGCCAGCAGAUAUCAUACACGAGUUCGUUGUUGCCUAAAAAAAACAGUUCGUUGCUUUUUUUUCGGAAAAACUUUCAAUCUAUUCAUCUUCAAUCAUGACAGUACAACGAAUACCAGAAAUAAAAAUUACAUCCAGAUUCGUAAACCACCUAGCGACGACUACAAGCACCGAAGCGAGCCGAAGGCGCGCCGCCGUCAUCGCCCCUCCAUCGCCGGAGCCGGACACAACUUGUUGUAGUAGACAGUCGGAAAGUUGUCGUUGCUUUAAUCUGUACAGCAGAGUAUGUAUGCGUGCCUGCAAUAUAUUUCUACCACAUGUAAGUUAAUUGUGCGGCGUAGCUUCAUAGCUAUUCCUGCCAUUUUCUACAACAUACCUAGUUUCACUGCCAA